GACGCUAAAAGGGGCGCGCACGCAAGCGUGCGCGUGCCGCCUCGCCACGAGACACCUCUUUCCGGCUCCGCGAGUCCACCCCGCCUCCUUCACGGCGGCCCUGCCUCCACCACGUGACGCACGGAUGGCCGCCGCUUCCUCUUACUGUCGUAGUUCCGCGUCUGAGCGCUCGACGCUCCUGGGUGCCAUUGCCUGCCUGAGUCACGUGUCAAGGGGAAGCUGGAAGGCGUCGUUCUCCUUUCCCAGCUCCCCUGCCUGUCCGCCAUGUUUUCAGGCCGGGUCUGGCUUGGUCUUCCCCCGUAAGGAAAUGGCCGGGGAGCUCCAGGGGACCCAGGCGCCGUCGCUUCGGCGGAGCCUGGGCUGACCAGCCAGGACAGCGGGGUAAACCCGAACAAUUCUGCGCGAGGUAGGGAGGCCAUGGCGUCCGGCAGUAACUGGCUCUCCGGGGUGAAUGUCGUGCUGGUGAUGGCCUACGGGAGCCUGGUGUUUGUACUGCUAUUUAUUUUUGUGAAGAGGCAAAUCAUGCGCUUUGCAAUGAAAUCUCGAAGGGGACCUCAUGUCCCUGUGGGACACAAUGCCCCCAAGGACUUGAAAGAGGAGAUUGAUAUUCGACUCUCCAGGGUUCAGGAUAUCAAGUAUGAGCCCCAGCUCCUUGCAGAUGAUGAUGCUAGACUACUACAACUGGAAACCCAGGGAAAUCAAAGUUGCUGCAACUAUCUGUAUAGGAUGAAAGCUCUGGAUGCCAUUCGUACCUCUGAGAUCCCAUUUCAUUCUGAAGGCCGGCAUCCCCGUUCCUUAAUGGGCAAGAAUUUCCGCUCCUACCUGCUGGAUCUGCGAAACACUAGUACGCCUUUCAAGGGUGUACGCAAAGCACUCAUUGAUACCCUUUUGGAUGGCUAUGAAACAGCCCGCUAUGGGACAGGGGUCUUUGGCCAGAAUGAGUACCUACGCUAUCAGGAGGCCCUGAGUGAGCUGGCCACUGCGUGAGUUUGGAGGGGAACGUGUCAGAGGGAGCUGGGUUAAAGCACGAAUUGGGAGCUCUCAGCGACAUCACCAGUCAGCAGCCAAAGACCUAACUCAGUCCCCUGAGGUCUCCCCAACAACCAUCCAGGUGACAUACCUCCCCUCCAGUCAGAAGAGUAAACGUGCCAAGCACUUCCUUGAAUUGAAGAGCUUUAAGGAUAACUAUAACACAUUGGAGAGUACUCUGUGAUGGAGCUGAAGGACUCUUGCCGUAGAUUAAGCCAGUCAGUUGCAAUGUGCAAGACAGGCUGCUUGCCGGGCCGCCCUCGGAACAUCUGGCCCAGCAGGCCCAGACUGUAUCCAUCCAAGUUCCCGUUGUAUCCAGAGUUCUUAGAGCUUGUGUCUAAAGGGUAAUUCCCCAACCCUUAUGAGCAUUUUUAGAACAUUGGCUAAGACUAUUUUCCCCCAGUAGCGCUUUUUUCUGGAUUUGCAUUCAGGUGUUAUUCUUAAUGUUUCUGUCAAAGCUUCUUAAAAAUCUUCACUUGGUUUCAGCCAUAGUUCACCUUCCCUGUUCCAGGUUUAUUUAAUUCCAAAGGUGAGAGUUGGAGUGAGAUGUCUUCCAUAUCUAUACCUUUGUGCACAGUUGAAUGGGAACUGUUUGGGUUUAGGGCAUCUUAGAGUUGAUUGAUGGAAAAAGCAGACAGAACUGGUGGGAGGUCAAGUGGGGAAGUUGGUGAAUGUGGAAUAACUUACCUUUGUGCUCCACUUAAACCAGAUGUGUUGCAGCUUUCCUGACAUGCAAGGAUCUACUUUAAUUCCACACUCUCAUGAAUAAAUUGAAUAAAAGGGAAUGUUUUGGCACCUGAUAUAAUCUGCCAGGCUAUGUGACAGUAGGAAGGAAUGGUGUCCCCUAACAAGCCCAAUGCACUGGUCUGACUUUAUAAAUUAUUUAAUAAAAUGAACUAUUAUCAAAUAAAA